UAGAUGGGAUCUGCUGCCACGGGCAGGAGGUUGGACUAGGUGACCUCCAAGGUCCCUUUCAAGCCCUUAUUAUUCUUAUUAUUCCCCAUCUGACCCUUCCCACAUUGCAUUUUUGCUCCAUGUUUACUUGUAGUCCUUGACUUACAGCCACUUGCUUAAUGAUGGUUUGAAGUUACAGUGGCACUGAAAAAAAAUGACAGGACUAUCUGUUACUGUGGCUGCAACAUUCCCAUCUUCCACCCUGUGCCAAUUGCAAAUAAUAAUUCCCAGGUUGUCUUUCCCUGCAAACUCUGAUUUAUGAUUUAUUCAGUGAACGUGAUUGUGUGAUUACUUCAUACUCCAUGCUUGGGGGGUAACCCAAACAAAUUAUUUUCCAUUUUAGUUGGAUUGAUAAAGCAGGUGGACUUCUUUUUUAAAAACACACACACACACACACACACACACAACCCAGAGAGUUCCUGCUAGGCUUUUCAUCUUGCUAGUGGCAACUCUUGUUUAUCUGCUUCAGAUCCCUGAAAGUUUUUUUUCCCAAAAUAGCUGUGAUAUUCAGCCAAAUUCCUCUUGGCUGAAGCGUUAACUCAGGCAGGCAAUUGUUAAACAUUGAGAAUCUUCAUCUCCCAGAAGGCUAUUGACGUGUGUGGAUUAGCAAGCCCUAUUAUAAAUAAAAGGUUGGGCUGAGUCUGGCACGUGGUUUGCAAGCGUCUUGUGUUGCUUGGAAAAAGGAGUGGGUGGGAAAACUCCUAUUUGCCCCAGGGUGAGCUGGGCUGUGUUAUUUACACUCUACCUCAACACAAUUGCAUUGGCUUUUCGAAGAACGGCUGCAGAUGGGAAUGUAAAAAGCAUGCAGCUAAUCCCAUCUGGAAGCUUUUAUUCCUGCAGAAAGGAAAGGAAGUCUCAAAGCAAAGGAUGAUGCUUUCCUUGAGGAAUCUCAGGGAACCACUGGGUUGGUGACGAAGUCCCCGUUUUCCAUCUGAAGAGAAGGACGCAUCCUGAUCCUAAGAGCAGCAAUGCUGGUGAAGGAAUAUCGGAUCUGUAUGCCUCUCACCACUGAGGAGUACCGAGUCGGGCAGCUGUACACCAUCAGUAAGCACAGCCAUCAGGAGAGCGACCGAGGAGAAGGGGUGGAAGUGAUGAAAAACGAGCCCCACGAGGACCCCAUCCACGGCCCCGGCCAGUUCACCGAGAAGCGGGUCCACCUGUCCAGCAAAUUGCCUAGCUGGGCUCGUGCGGUAACACCACGAAUCUUCUAUAUCACCGAGAAAGCCUGGAACUAUUACCCAUAUACCAUCACAGAGUACACAUGCUCAUUUCUGCCCAAAUUUUCUAUCUACAUAGAGACCAAGUAUGAAGAUAAUUGUGGAAAUAGCACCAACAUCUUUCCCAGUGAAAAAAUCUUGGGAGACCAUGAAGUGAUGUUCUUGGACAUUGCUUUUGACGAAAUCCCAGACCGCUACUACAGCAGCUUAGAGGAUCUCCGGUCCUUCAGCUCAGCUAAGACAGGUCGUGGGCCACUCCUGGAGGGCUGGCGGGAACAGACACAGCCCAUCAUGUGCUCCUACAAACUGGUGACGGUCAAAUUUGAAGUCUGGGGGCUGCAAACACGGGUAGAACAAUUUGUCCAUAAGGUUAUUCGAGAUAUUUUACUCAUCGGACAUCGCCAAGCCUUCGCCUGGGUGGACGAGUGGUGUGGCAUGACCAUGGAUGAAGUCCGCUUAUACGAGAAGGAGACCCAGCAGGCCACCAAUGAGAUUGUGGGCAUCGUGACUCCCACCAUCUCCAUCAGCGUCCACCUGCCCCCCAGCACUCAGAGCGCCCCCUCCAGUGCCCCCUCCACACCGCUCAGCGGAGAAGCCCCUGAGUUCCUCCAUGUGCCCAAGGACCGCCAGCGAAAAAAAUCCGCUCCAGAAAUGCUCUCACUACCAGUCCUGCGGGAACGUUCCAACCUGGAGUAACCACUGCCUCACGUUCAGCGUCCCCAUCCUUGCAAAGGAGCUCCCUAAUUCAUUUCCACAGAAGAGGGUCUGGCGUCCCUAAUGUCCUUGUUUUUUUGUUUUGUUUUUUUUUAAAAAAAAAUGUUCUUUAAUUCCACACUUUGCCUUGUAAUCCAGCAAGGCCACGGAGGGAACGCCAGUUGAUGGAGUUCAUCCAUUGUUAAAUUGUGUGGAUGCUUUGGGAGAACCUGGAAGAUCUCCAGAUCUUGGGAGCGUCUUUAAGCCUUCUGAUCUAUUCCUAGCUCCUUCACUAUUACAUUCCUGGCCUUGUCUUUGCUACGUUGGACCAAAAGGGUUUCUGGGGUGGGUGGGCAAACCUAGACCACUGCUUGGCCUUCUAGCCUACGUAACUCAACCGACAUGAAUUGGAGUCUCCUCUCUCUGCGUGUGGGGAGGAAAACAUUGGGCAUUGCUCUGUUGCAGAUGGAAAGCUGGUCAGUAUAAAUUCUGUGCCAGGAAAUCCACCCUGGAAAUCCAUCUAUGGUGAGCGGAGGCUAACUCCCCACCACAUCACAUUUUCUAACUUCCUGUGUUAAACUUACAGAGAUGGCUCUGAUAAACCGUCUUUAAUGGUCAUAGUUCAGAAUAGCCUUCUUGCACCGGCCCUGUGAAAUUGUUUUCUGAAGCAACCCAGAGGACUUCAGUUGAAGUUCAUGGCCUGGGUGCAAAAGAGAUCGGGUGAGACAUCUGGGAACGAUGCCUUGCUUCCUUGUUGAAGCCUACAGUUUGCAAGACAAGAGAAAAUUGUCAGAGAAAAGGAGGACGUCAAAGGAAGAUGGGCUGCUCCAACCAUUAUGUCUUCAGUCUGGCUGUUUUGUGGGCCCCAAGGAUUUACCUUUCAUCUGCCCCCGUUUUAAAGCAAAGCAAAGGUAAAAGGCAUUUUUCGCUCUCCUUUGCUAAUUGUACACUGGCAAGCCACUUGGCUACACGCUUUCCUGCUGUUUCAAGCAGGCAAAAACCCCUACCGUAUUUUCCAGCGUAUAAGACGACUUUCUAAAGCAUUCAAAUUGGCGCCGAAGUUGGGGGUCGUCUUAUACGCCAAGUCGUCUUAUACGCCGGAAAUUGCGGUAGUUUCCGGCAUAUAAGAUGACUUUCUAGGCAUGCAACUCGGCACCGAAGACGGGAGUCGUCUUAUACGCCGAGUCGUCCUAUACGCCGGAAAAUACGGUAUGUUAAAUUCUCUUUGCCUGUGGUCAACUGCACGUUGCCAUUAAGAGCCCUGUUGGUGCAGUGGUUAGGAUGCAGUAUCGCAGGCAAGCUCUGCCCACAGCAUGGAGUUCAAUUCUGAUGGAGCUCAAGGUUGACUCAGCCUUCCAUCCUUCCAAGGUCGGUAAAAUGAGAACCCAGAUAGUUGGGGUCAAUAUGACUCUGUAAACCACUUAGGGAGGGCUGUGAAGCACCGUGAAGUGGUAUAUAAGUCUAAGGGCUGUUGCUGUCUGCCAAUAACUGCCACAGGUAAAAGAAUGGCAUCCAACAUCUGAAACCCAUUGACCAAUGGGGUGUAGUCCCAAAAUGAUUCAGAAUGCAGUAAAAGCAGGAUUCUCCCAGUCAUUCUGCAGCAUGAAUUCAAGUCAUUCUUUGCUAACUACCAGUUCUCAGGUGGAUCCUGAGAAUCCCAACAGAUCUUCAACUUAAUGUGUCUUAAAUUUGUGGGAUUCUCUUGGGUCUAUUGGAGACUUCUCCAAUACCAUACAGGCCUAUAAAUGCAUCCUCUUGAGCGGGUGUCUUCAAACCUGGCCCUUUUAUGACUUGUGGACUUCAACUCCCAGAAUUCCUCAGCCAGCAUGCCUGGCUGAAGGAUUCUGGGAGUUGAAGUCCACAAGUCACAAAAGGGCCAAGUUUGAAGACCCCUGCUCUUGAGUCUUUGGCAAUUUGAACCAUCAGCUUUAUUCCCAUGACAACUGAUGGCCUCUUUAUGGCUGGGGAUCUUCUCACAGCAAAGGUUCCUUCUGGAGGUCCAUCCAUGGGAUCAAAGUAUAAUGCCUUGUGGCCAACUUUCCCACCAUCACUAGCUGCCCUUACUGGGAAAGGAGCCUCUGCUAAGUGGAGUCACCAAUUCCUUGAACACUGGUCUUUCUCGUCUUUGUACAAGCACAAUUUGUAUUUGCACUGUUGCGCAGGGACAGUCCUGCCUCCCCUUCCUCUGCUUAAGCAUUGAUUCCAUGUUUAUGUUGGUGGGUUUGUGUUCUCUUCCUCAUCUCUCCCCUGUAAGCAAAGUUGAGAAGUUGUAUCUUCAGUCCAUAAAAAUAUGGACGGAUUCUAGAGGCAAGCAGACAAAAGUUUGCACAGUUGAAUAAUCCAAUGGAGAAGCAAGAGCUUGGUGUCUGAAGUUGCUCUCAUGUAAGUUUCUGGAUUCCACUGUCCAUCCAGGAGGAAAGCAAAGUCGUAGAUAUGGAGUCUGCAUCUGCUACAGUAUCUGUUGGGGGCAUUUUGGGUUGUCCAUACCUGUUCCGUUGACCACCAGGUGGAUGCUACACUACCAACCCCCAUCUCAAGCCCCUUACAUGCAGAUUUGGGAGAGUAACUAUUCAACCCUUUCAAAACUGCGCGCUUCCAAGUUUUGAAGAACCCAAAUAUUAAUGCAGAAGAAUCAAGAGACUGUUCUUAAGGACCAUUGGUAGCCUCUUCUCCACAAGACACGGCUAAGAAUGAACUUGUAUUUUCUCCCCGGAAGGAGAGAAGAGAGGCAGGAAGAAAAACCCUGUAAAUAUUUUGUGAACUGUGUGGCAAGUGUUCUGUAUGGUUCUGCUUUUGUUUUAUUUUUUUUAACUGGGGUGAUAAAGGCCGCUUCUGAUGGAAA